CCAAUUGAACCCACACUAUGCGCAUGCGCAGUAGUCCCCCUUCCUUCCACAAGGCUGGUUUAGUGCGCUAUGAUCCGAGGACGCACUUGUGCGCGUGUUCCUACUGUGACGCAUGCGCAUCCUCUCCCCUAUCGCCUCGGGACAGGUCGGCCCGUCUUACCCCCAGCGCAUGCGCAGCUCUGCUCCUCCAUCGGGCUCCGCCCCGCGCCUCCCGCAGAGCAUGCGCAGUUGCGUAGCUCCCGUUCGGAGCGGCUUGUGUGACAGCGGCGGCGGGAGUCAGCGAGCGCCCUGAGGAGGGAGGCCCCGAGCCCGCCGGAGCCCAGGGAGCCGGAGCCAGCCGGGGGAGGCGGCCCCAGUCUCCGGCACGAUGAGUAUCGAGAUCCCGCCGGGCCUGACCGAGCUGCUGCAGGGCUACACGGUGGAGGUGCUGCGGCACCGGCCGCCCGACCUGCUGGGCUUCGCUGCCGACUACUUCACCCGCCUGCGGGAUGCCCGCGACCAGGAGGCCGCCGCCGCCGCCGCCGGGGCCCGCAAGGGGGUCAACUUCGACGGGGAGCCCAUGCAGACCGAGUCCAACGGCGAGGAGGAGCCCGGGCGGGACGACGAGGACUCCGACUCCGACUUCGAGCCUCCAGUUAUUAACAGAUUUAACAGAAGAGUAUCAGUUUGUGCUGAAGCCUUCAACCCAGAUGAGGAAGAGGAAGAUACAGAACCAAGGGUAGUUCAUCCAAAAACAGAUGAGCAGAGAUGUAGACUGCAGGAAGCAUGCAAAGAUAUACUCCUCUUCAAAAACCUAGAUCAGGAGCAGCUGUCUCAGGUUCUCGACGCCAUGUUUGAGAGGAAAGUGAAACCUCAGGAACACGUCAUUGACCAAGGAGAUGAUGGAGACAACUUUUAUGUCGUUGAGAGGGGAUUGUACGAUAUCUUUGUAACACGAGACAGCCAGCCUCGUUGUGUCGGCCGUUACGACAAUCACGGCAGUUUUGGGGAACUGGCGUUGAUGUACAACACUCCUAGAGCUGCUACCAUUGUUGCCACAACAGAAGGAGCCCUUUGGGGACUGGAUCGAGUGACGUUCAGAAGAAUUAUAUUGAAAAACAAUGCGAAGAAGAGGAAGACUUUUGAAUUAUUUAUUGAGUCUGUGCCCCUUCUUAAAUCGCUGGAGGUUUCAGAGCGAAUGAAGAUAGUUGAUGUAAUAGGGGAGAAGGUGUAUCGAGAUGGGGAGCGCAUCAUUUCUCAGGGUGAUAAAGCAGACAGCUUUUACAUUGUAGAGUCUGGUGAAGUAAAAAUCUUGAUUAAAAGCAAGACUAUGACAAGUAAGGAUGCUAACCAGGAAGUGGAGAUUGCCCGGUGUCACAAAGGACAGUAUUUUGGAGAGCUUGCACUUGUUACCAACAAACCCAGAGCAGCCUCUGCCUAUGCUGUUGGGGAUGUCAAGUGUUUAGUCAUGGAUGUGCAAGCAUUCGAGAGGCUGCUUGGCCCCUGCAUGGACAUUAUGAAGAGGAAUAUAACACAUUAUGAGGAGCAGCUGGUGGCAAUGUUUGGUUCAAGCAUGGACCUGUUGGAUCCAGGGAAUUAGGCACAGGGUACUUUAGUGCCUUCUCAGUUCAAGACACAGAAAAGCCUCCUAUCAGCAACACAACACAUAAGGAAAAAUGGACACUACAGAACAGUUACUGCUGCUGUCUUCUUGGGCAUUUUAGAAAUAAAUAAGUCUCAGCACAGAUGGAUGGGGAGAGGCUCACUCCAUGCCUCCACUUUGCUGCUGAAAUUUCAUUAUUAGGCUUAGUUUAAAGAUGAUUCUAACCCUUCUCUCACUUGUUUGGCUCAGAAUGGCAUGUCUCUCCAACCAUUUAAGUGCCUGAUGCAAAACCCAAAGUGUAAAAGAUACAGAACCUUCUUUUUCUUUCUCAUUUUAUUGUUGUGGUAAAUCUUCAGAGCAGAUCUGUAAUGGCAGGCUGCUUAUCGUCCCCCAGGGAGCAGCCUUCUCUUUACAGUCUCUUAAUAUCUUCCUUUGACACGUCCUUUACAUAAUGUCAAAAAUUUAAUUGUAGCAUUUGGGUUUGACGUCGAAUAUAUCAAGGGGACUUGAAAUUAUCAGAGCCAUUGAAUAAGUUGGCAUUGAGGUGUUCCUGCCAUCUGCUGAAAGCUUCAGGUACUGCAGUUCUGUAAUAAAACGAUAAACACACCUGGGGGCACAAGAAAUAACUGCUCGAUACUGAAAUGCAGAAAAUGAAGAAUGAUUGAUUGACUUCUGAACAUUUUCUGAGCAGUAAAGAAAAUUGGUUUAGUCCUUCAUGCUACCAAACAUAUGCAGAGAGUUUGAUAGUGGUCCAACAGCUCCAGUGGCCUGAAGGUGCCAUAGCUGUAUCAUCCCCAUCUCCAUUUCUUAAAGUGGGCAGAUUUUACUGCUGAGAUGUUGCAGCACAUGACCCUCUCCUGCUUUUAGAGAUAUCCUUUAUACUGCUAGAUUUCACAGGGCGUUGCUGUUGUCUGGAUCAGUUUUAAAACUCUCUUUUUAAGGAGGUUAAUUUUUUGUAAUUUAAAGGAACAAUAUUUAUGUACUUAAGCAGCUCCCCCCAAUUCUAAUAUUUUGUAAUAUUCUUUAACUUGAUUGGACACUUAGAUACUUACAGAUGCCAAGUCUGUUUGUUAAACCUUUCAGAAAUUAGCAACAUUUGACUUCAUGAAGCAAAUGCCUUUGCUAACUAGGCAGUUGGUGUAUUUGGAGUGGUCUUUUGAUUUAGGUAACAAUUCAGUUAAAGAUAUUUAUCUGUCAAAUCUGCAGCAUUUAUUAGGGAGACUUCUGUUUCUAUAGAUCAUUGACCUUAAGGCACAUCUUGAUGAGAUUUUAUCAGAGUAUUAUGGUAUAAAAUAAAAUAUUUAUAUAAAGAAAAAGCAUUGAAUUUGUAGGUAAUAAGUCUAGUGGUCCCCUUUCCAUUUUCAGCCUUCUAAAUUUAUGUGAAACUUACCCACGUUUCUGGGAUAGUGAAAUUUUAAUUGCAGACUCUGAUGGGUAGAACUGAACCCACUGUUUAGUUUUUAUGAUCACCUGAGCAAGGGGAGAGAAUACUACAAUUCUGAAUUCCUGCUUGUUAGCACACUAGAAAUCUGCUCUUUUUAACAAGUGGAAGGUGAAGAGCUACAACACGGAGUUGGCUUCUAGCCUGUAAUAUUUUCCUCACUCCUCCCAGCUCCUGCACUGUUCUGUAAAGUCGGAUCCAUAAUCAGGUUGAGGCUGUACUGAUGUUGUCUAGUUACAAUAGAUAGCAUUACGCUUUCAGAUGAUGGACUGGUUUGUAAUGAAUACCACUGAACAAGGUGUGCCACACUGGUACCUAGUUGCCUCCAUUCUUAGCAGUGUGUUUUCCCUGCUUUACUGUACAGGUUCAGUUCUGCAAAGCUAAAAAAGCAGCAGGAACUGGAAUGUCAUUCAUGCUUCUGAGGUUUAACACUAAAAACACUCAUAGUCUUUCUUUGUAAUUGUAGAAUUUUAAAAAAAGAACAGUUGGCAGGUCCUCACGCUGAUAACUGAGAGAUUAGGAUUCAAAAGUAGACUCGGGCUCCCAAGCCAGGCCAGCUGUGGAUUGUCCAGGCAAUCCAGACACAGGCUGGUCUCCAAACCCGUCUGAGUUUCCGUACAGCUUAAACUGUCACAUGAACCAAAGAGGAUCUCUCUGAAUAAAUAUCCUCAACCAGCUUUGGUCCUUCCAUACGAACACUUCCUCGGAUGCCCCUCCCUUGUAUCCACUGGGGUGGAGCACGUUUGACUACAUUACAACUUUCAGUUCUCUGCAUUAUAGGUCUCGGUGCCUCAGAAUAUGCAAGCCUUGUAAACGGUACGAAGCCUGGCCAAAAGGAAGCAAAGUCUACUGGGUACCCUUGUUAGGGCCUUAAGGAACUUCUGCAGAGGGAGGGAACAUGAGGCCAUGGACUCAGAAAGCUAGAGGUCCGAGAUGAGGGAGAACGGAUUUACAAACCUCUACCCAUCUCUGUGCUCCUUGAACGCAGUAGAGUAGCAUUAUCACACAGAGCCGUGUGUCACCCAGUGUCAGAUGGGACACUGUGGUAUGAUGCAAGUGAGCAAUUGAACUUUGAGCAGAGAGAAUGAACCUGUAAGGGCCGGGGGGGGGGGGUCAUCAGUUUAAAGUCCAUCAUUUGGGAUUUGCCUGGCUGGUCUGGUUUGUUUUAACCAUUUUGCUUUGUAGACUUUUGGGGAGUGGGGACAGGAAGAUAGGGAGAGGUGACCUAUAGAAUGUUACUCAAUAGCACCUUUGUCCUUUAUUCAUACUCUGUCUGGCUAGCCAAAGUCAGAGUGCUUGAAAGGAGAGAGAAAAAACUGACUGAGAGACAUUGGCCAAUAGUGAUUCAGCUGCAUCACCACAUCCCUGUCUUACUCCAGCCACUUUUGUUUUAAUGUCUCUAAUGGAUGUGUGAGUUUCUCAGGUGGUAUGGCUCUGUGGUCAGUAAAUCUGCCAUGAAUUCUCAGCAAUCGGUAGUGGAGAGAGCUCUAGUUUCAUAAGAGAACUCAGCAGCAAAGUGGGUAAGAGGAUGGUGACCUUGAGAUUUGGAGAAAUAUCUGUCUUAUUUCUGAUUCUCUGCUUGUGAUUGUUGUGAAGUCAGUGAGAGGAGCUUUCAGUGGUCAAGUGUCCUGGCAUAUGGUAUUUCUGGUUAACGUCACAGUACAGGUUUCACAAUGUACAAAAAAAAGCUGUCUCUUUUU